AUGGCCACCGCUCUGGAUGCCGAAAAAGGGACCCACGAUAUUGCGGCGUCGUCGCCAGAUUCCCUGGAUCGACACACGUCACAUGUCAUCAACGAAGACCGGUUACGACGCUCCCUCAGCGCACGCCAGGUGCAGAUGAUUGCCAUCGGUGGUACCAUAGGAACAGGCCUCUUCCUCGGUACUGGAAAAGCUCUUGCAACUGGCGGACCUGCGUCGCUGAUCAUCUGUUAUGCGAUUGUCGGAUUCAUCGUUUUUUGCACCAUGCUGUCUCUCGGUGAGAUGGCUGCUUUUGUGCCAGUGGCAGGGUCUUUCUGCACUUUCGCCGGUCGCUACGUGGAUGAUGCGUUUGGGUUUGCGCUGACGUGGAAUUACUGGUUCAACGAUGCUGUGAGCACAGCGGCGGAUCUGGUGGCGUUGCAGUUGUUAAUCCGGUAUUGGAGUGAUGAUGUGCCGUGGUAUGCGGUUGGUAUUGCGGUGUGGGUACUAAUUGUAUUGGCCAACAUCAUCAACGUAAAGGCUUAUGGCGAGUUGGAGUAUUGGCUGAGUUUGCUGAAGGUGGUGACGAUUGUCAUCUUUAUCCUGCUCAGCAUCGCGGUCAACGCUGGGGGAAAUACUGGGUACGGGUAUAUCGGUGGGAAAUACUGGACCAUUGGGGAUGCGCCGUUUGUGGGUGGUAUUGGAGGUUUUGCGUCGGUUUUCGUCACGGCUUCGUUUGCGUACGGCGGCACGGAAUCGAUUGCUAUCACGGCGGGAGAAACGCGCGAUCCGGCGCGUGUGCUUCCCCGUGUGGUCAAGAAUGUGUUUUGGCGCAUUUUGCUCUUUUACAUCCUCUCGGCGAUGAUGAUUGGAUUCAACAUUCCCUACAACUACCCUGGACUUAGCACGAAAUCGAGCCGGACAUCGCCGUUCACUAUCGCAUUCCAAAUGGCAGGUUCGAAAGCGGCAGGAUCUUUCGUCAAUGCAGUCGUCCUGACCAGCGUCAUUUCUGCUGGCAACCACGCCCUAUACGCUGGAUCGCGACUACUCUACACACUCGGCGCAAAUGGCCAUGCUCCCAAGGUUUUUACAAAGUUGACACGCUACCAAGUCCCAUGGGUUUCCGUCAUGACGACAAGUGUGGUCUCCAUCAUCCUCUUUUCCUUAUCUUUCGCGGGUUCUGGCCAAGUCUGGACAUGGCUGCAAAACAUCGUUGGUGUCUCAAACCAACUCAGCUGGAUAUGCAUCGGUAUCUCCUCCCUCCGAUUCCGCGCAGGACUUAAAGCACAAGGCAAAGAGCACCUUCUUCCCUUCCGCAACUGGAUGUACCCCUGGGGUCCGUACAUUUGCAUCUUUCUUAACAUUUUCAUCGUCCUGGUGCAAGGCUGGACAGCAUUUAGUCCCAAGUUUGCGGCCGUGGACUUUGUCAGCUUUUACCUGGAACUACCAGUCUUCCUCUUGAUGAUUGUUGUGUGGAAGGUUUUGAAGAAGACGACGUUCAGAAAGGCAAGCGAGAUGGAUCUUGAGACGGAUGUGUAUACAAAAGAAGAUAUGGAGCCUGUAGAGAAGGGCUGGAAAGGGAUUGGCAAGAGAGUUGGGACAUGGUUUUGCUUUUAA